UCCACUUCCCCUUCCACUUCCACUUCCAAAUCUAUCAUCUCAUCUUCUUACCACCAUUUUCCAUUCAUUAUUCUCUUACACAUCAAACCUCCAACACCACCAAAAAAAAUGGCAGCCAAGUCUGAUUUCGCUCAAAAGCUGCUGAAUGAUCUCCGUGUUCGGAAAGAACGAAUGGGUGCGUCUCGUACCAAUGCUACGGCCAGAGGUAACGUCUUCCGUUCGGUUUUCCAUACGUUUUCUCGCUUGUUUUUUCGUUUUCAAAUUGACGCGUAUAGAAACCCAGGAAACAUGCAGAGAGGAUCUCGACAAACCAAAUCACUUGAAUCAAUCGGUGGACCUAAAAUGGCGAACCAACGGUUCACCUCUUCUGGUCGACCUCCCGCCAUUAAAGAAUCAUCACAACAGAUUGUUUCUUACGCAGGUGGCCGGAACCAAAGAUCAGAACCCAUCGGAGAUUUAUCCAUGGCCUUCACUUACGCCGUUAAAAACGGGGGAAAACUCAUGAACAUGGAUUUUUCAGGCUCUGCUAACACYAACACAAUGAUAGAUUUCUUCCACCAGAUUGGCCGGAGAUCGCUGGACGCCGGAAAUGGUCGAAACGACCGGAGUAUAGUGCAGCAUCGUCGUCAUUCGAAUGCCGGCAUGCCGCCAGCUCUCACCGCCUUUCAAAUCAAAGAGAUAUCGAAAGGGGUUCAGAAUCUUUACGAAAUAAUACGAUCGAGUUCUAACAGGAUGAACGUUUCGAUGGAAGUAGGAAAAGAGUUGCUGAAAGGGGCUAAGGGAUUGGAAGAGUCUUUAAGGAUGCUYGUGAACCUGCAAGAAGCUUCGGAAAUGAUGGUUAGUCCGCAACGCAAGAGUCAAAUCACGUUGCUGGAGGUCGAUGAUGACGAUGAUGGAGCCGAUGGUUCGAAGAUCGUGAACCAGAACCAAGUGGCUUUGCCAAGAUUCUCAUUCGACAAGCCUUCUAAACGGUCCCAUGUGCCGUUAACCGAUGCUAGUUCUUCUACGUUAAYGACUUAUCGGACGUCCGCUAGUGCGGAAAGCAUUAGAACGGUUUCUAAUGCGAAAAACACCUCGAAUCRUGCAGAAAAAGGGAGGAUUUCAAACGUAAUUGCGAAACUAAUGGGCCUAGAAGAAGUUCCUGGAAAGCUCGAUGAACCGAAGAAUGUCGAGCCACGAAUAGCGACCACGGAAAAACAAGUUAACAAGAUACCGAAACCAGUGAAAGACGCGAUUGUUACGUUAACCGAUCGAAAAUCCCAACAAAUCCAGGACUCAAACACAAAUGGGGUGUCAAGACCUCUGCGGACGUCCGCAGGUACAAAACAAAACACCACCACCCGUUCAGAUAUGAUUCCCGAGAAGCCCGAGAGACGAUCUAACAGUGAAAGGAAAGAGAAGAAACCACAAAAGCGCAGAACCCCGGAAAUUGCRUCGAAUCUGCAAGUCGAGAAGAAGAAAAUGACUCGAAUCGAAAAGAGUAACGAGAUCAGAUUGGUUCCAAGAAACAAUCAGAAUCAAGAACCACAAAAAAGAACCCAAAAGAGUAAACAAGAUUCACAGCAAAUCAAACACAGCCAUAAUCAAGUUAAACCCAAGGAUUCACCUUCAAAAUACCCAAAAAUCCAACCUUUUGAAGAGAAUCUAAAAGCUAAAGAUGCAACUCCAAUGGCACAAGAAUCCAAACCCGAAAGAACCGAAGCCAAAGUGCAACCACCKGUUGCGAAAGAGAAGGUCGUGGCACGAAAGAAGGUUGACUUAAUGGCGGUAAAUCGAUCUGAAGCCCUUCGAAGGAAAGAUGAGGUAUUGAACAGAAGGAAUGGAAKCCGAAACAACUUAGAGAGACAAUCAAAGCAUAAACUUUCGGUUUUGAAAGAAACUAAACGUAAAGACGUCCAGCAGUUAGGUCCGACCCGUUCGAAACCAGAAGAAACGAGCAGCAAGAGAUCGAAUUCGAAGAAAUCGGAAUCAAUAACCCGGUUUGAUGACAAUAUUACAAACACAAUCUCUUGUGUACCCAUACGCGAAAACGACAUCAAGAUCAAACCUCAAGAACCUUCUGAAAUCGUUGUAGCUGUUAGAAAGCAUGCAUCGAGUGACAGAAUCAUGGAGACUAGUAAUCCACCGGAAACCAAACCGAAAAAGGUAUUCUCGCAAGUCGUAUUGACCGAUCAAGAAAAGCAACUCAAGGAGAUUCUGAUAAAAGAUCAACUAUUUCGAAGCACAGCCGAAGCCCUUUUCAAGCUCAACAUUCCCGUCGGUUUUCUUCACGCCGAUGAUCAUAACCAUCAUGGYGACGAAACUAAGGUGAAGUUAGAAUGCGGGCACGAAAUCUUGAGGCGAAAAGCACGCAGCCAAGAACUAUCGGCUCACCCGUACAUGAAACCAUCGGUUGGUUGCACGACCAUAAGGUUUUUAGACGAAUUGGUUAAACAAUUGUAUAAAGAUUUGGAGGGAUUAAGRUUAUAUGGUAGGAAUGCCCAAAAUGAAGUCGAUGAAGCGGAUUAUUUGCAUCAUAUGCUCGAGAGAGACAUUUAUAACACGAAUCCUGACACAAAUAGUUUUUGGGACUUCGGUUGGCAUACAAUGACGUUUGCRUUUGUGGAAAAAGACGCGUUCGUUAAAGAGGUGGAACAAGACUUGCUUUGUGGGCUCGUGGACGAGAUCGUCGACGAGCUGUUGAGCGUGAGAUUACGCUUUUGAUCGAAUAAGGAAUCGAACCAAAAAAAGAUCGUGAGAUUGAGUGAAACUAGUUUU